AGAAAGAUGAAGCAGAAUGAUCUUGCUGAGCAGCUGGAGAACAAACACAACCAAGCUCAGGCUGAGGGCAAUAUGAAGACAUCUGCCCCUGUUGGAGCUGAUUUAAAACAGAGCUGGGAGCUUCAAAACUUCUUGGAAACUCACAAAACCAACAUGAAGGAGAAAGCAGAACAUAUUUUUGAGGGCAACAAAGAAAAUGAAGCACAUCUCAAGGCUGUUUACACAGAACUGUUCAUCACAGAGGGAGAUAUGAAAGAUGUCAAUCAGGAACAUGAGAUUCUGAAGAUUGAUGAUGCUUUCAAGAACAAAAAAACACAGUACAUACAAAUCAAAUGCAAUUAUAUAUUUACUGAACUGAGGAAAAAACAUUUUAAAAAGACUGUUCUGACUAAGGGCAUCGCUGGCAUUGGAAAAACUGUCUCUGUGCACAAAUUCAUCCUGGACUGGGCAGAAGGAAAAGCCAAUCAGGAUAUAGACUGUGUGUUGCUGCUUCCAUUCCGAGAGAUUAACUUAAUGACAAAUGAAGAUUUCAGUCUCCACGAGCUUCUGCUGGAAUUUUAUCCUGAACUGAAGGACCUGGAGAAAUCAAAAUUAUAUACGAAAUGCAGUCUAGCAUUUAUUUUUGAUGGACUUGAUGAGAGUCGCCUGCCUUUGAAUUUUAAAAGUAGAUCAAUAAACAUUGCUGAGAAAAGAUCAUCUGUAGAUGUGCUGUUCACAAGUCUGGUCAAAGGGAAUCUGCUUCCAUCAGCUCUGGUCUGGGUGACCUCACGACCAGCAGCAGCCAAUCAGAUCCCUCCUCGCUAUGUAGGUUUGUUCACAGAAGUGCGAGGAUUCACUGAACAACAAAAAGAGGAGUACUUUAGAAAGACAAUCAAAGAUGAAACUGUAGCCUCCAGAAUCAUCUCACACAUUAAGAUGUCUCAUAGUCUCUACAUCAUGUGCCACAUCCCUGUGUUCUGCUGGAUCACAGCCACAGUAUUUCUGGAUAUUCUCAUUGGAACCAAUGCAGAGAGCAUCAGCACAACACUCACGGAAAUGUACAUCCACUUCCUGCUGAUACAGAUGAACAUUAAGAACCAGAAGUAUGAUGAACAAGAAGAAAGAGAAUGUACAAAGCUAUUAGAUUCAAAUAGAGAAAUGAUUUUGAAUUUGGCCAAGCUAGCAUUUGAACAGCUGAAACAGGAAAAUGUUGUGUUUUAUGAGAAAGAUCUGAAAGCAUGUGGAAUUAAUGUGAGUGAAAGUACUGAGUUCACAGGAAUGAUCGCUGAGAUCUUUAAGAGGGAACAUGGACUUCAUGAAGCAAAGGUCUUCUGCUUUGUGCAUCUAAGUGUUCAAGAGUUUCUUGCUGCUGUGCAUGUGUUCCUCUGCUACCUGAAGAAGAAAAUAGAGGAGCUUUGUUUUUUCUUUGACGAGCCAGAAGAAAAUGUCACAUUGCAGAAGCUACUGCAGAAGGCUGUUAACAAAGCCAUGGAGAGUCAGAGAGGACAUCUGGACUUGUUCCUGCGGUUUCUAAUGGGCAUCUCACUAGAAUCUAGUCAAAACUUGCUCCAAGGCCUGCUCACACACACUGAAGACACCACAGAGAGCAUCAGACAAACAACCGAAUACAUUAAACAAGUACAAAACAAGAAUAUCUCAGAUGAAGCUUCAGUCAACCUGUUCUACUGCUUACUAGAGCUCAAGGAUCAAUCAUUAUAUCAGCAAAUACAAAGACACCUCAGUUCAGAUGAACAUCCAGGACUUUCAUCUUCAAUGUGCACAGUGCUGACCUAUGUAUUGCUGAUAUCAGAGAUGGUCCUGGAUGAGUUCAACCCAAAGAGGUUUACAUCAUCAUCUUCAGAUUACAAGAGACUCAUUCCAGCUGUGAGAUGCUGCAGAAAAGCCCUAUUUGACAGCUGUGGUCUUAAUGAAACAUGCUGUGAAACAGUAUCUUCAGCUCUCCAAUCAUCAAACUCUCAUCUGAGAGAGCUGAACCUGAGUAAUAAUCACCUGCAAGAUUCAGGAGUGAAGCUGCUGUGUGCUGGAGUGAAGAGUCCAAACUGUCAACUGAACAUACUGAGGCUAUGUGGGUGUAAUCUCACUGCUCAGUCUUGUGAGAGUUUGUCUUCAGCUCUACAAUCAUCAAACUCUGUCCUGAGAGAGCUGGACCUGAGUAACAAUGACCUGAAAGGUUCAGGAGUGAAGCUGCUUUCUGAUGGACUGAGGAGUCCAAACUGUCAGCUGCAGAUACUGAGACUGUCCUUAUGUAAUCUCACUGCUCACUCUUGUGACAGUUUGUCAUCAGUUUUACAAUCCUCAAACUCUGUCCUGAGAGAGCUGGACUUGAAUAACAAUGACCUGCAGGAUUCUGGAGUGAAGCUGCUUAUUGAUGGACUGAAGAGCCCAAACUGUCAGCUGGAGACACUGAGAUUGUCUGGCUGUAUGGUGACAGAGGAAGGUUGUGGCUAUGUGUCUUCAGCUCUGAGUUCAAACCCCUCAAACCUGAGAGAGCUGGAUCUGAGCUACAAUCACCCAGGAGAUUCAGGAGUCAAGCUGCUCUCUGAAAAACUGGAGGAUCCAAACUGCUCACUGGACAAACUCAAUGUGGAUCAUGGAGGAGAGUCCAGGAUUAUAACAGGACUACAGAAAUAUGCCUGUUUUCUCACACUGGAUCCAAACACAGCAAACAAGCGUCUCAUUUUGUCUGAGGUGAACAGAGAGGUAACAUGUGUGGAAGCGUAUCAGGUGUAUCCUGAUCAUCCAGACAGAUUUGAUUAUUGGGAGCAGGUGCUGUGUAGAGAGAGUGUGUGUGGACGCUGUUACUGGGAGCUGGAGUGGAGUGGACGUGUGUGUAUAUCAGUGUCAUUUAAGAGCAUCAGCAGGAAGGGAUGGGGUAAUCAGUCUUGGUUUGGAGGUAAAGAUGAGUCCUGGAGUUUGUCCUGCUGUCCCUCCAGAUGCACAUUCUGGCAUAAUAACAUGCAGACCGAUCUCCCUGUAAAGUCCAUCAGCAGGAGAAUAGGAGUGUUUGUGGAUCACAGUGCAGGAACUCUGUCCUUCUACAGCGUCUCUGACACAAUGAGCCUCAUCCACACAGUCCAGACCACAUUCACUCAGCCGCUCUAUCCUGGGUUUAGGGUUUAUGGAUCAGUGAAACUGUAUAUACAGAAUAGAUUUUAA